AAUCCAGCAUUACGAACCUUCCUCUUCCGACUAUGCCGCAUUUUAUCACUCGGUUUCAAUCCUAUCUUUGUCCUUGAUGGCCCCCAUCGACCAGCAUUCAAGCGAAACAAGCAAGUGCGAAAUCAAACACCUGCCCAGAUUUCAGCGAUGAAGCGAUUGAUCGAGCUGUUUGGGUUUCAAGUGCAUCAAGCGCCCGGAGAAGCCGAAGCUGAAUGUGCUGUGCUUCAAAGAGAAGGGCUAGUUGAUGCUGUCAUGACUGAGGAUGUCGAUACGGUUAUGUUUGGAUGUGGACGGGUGAUCCGCGGGUGGGUCGAUGAAUGCAGGGUGUAUGAGGAGUCCAGGAUCAGUGACAAGGUAGGCAUCAGUCGAGCGGGUAUGAUAUUGGUUGCGCUCAUGAGUGGAGGGGAUUAUCUCCCGGAUGGCGUCAGCAAAUGUGGGAUUAAGACAGCGGUCGAGGCAGCAAAAGCAGGACUCGGAGACCUGCUGCUAAAGCAACUCCAUGACCUUCCUUCUUGGCGAGAGCACCUGAUUGCCUCGCUUCACACCAACAAAUUCGGGCACUUUGCAAAAAGGCACCCGGGCUUGACUAUCCCCUCGGACUUCCCCAGCAUUGAAGCAUUGAAGUAUUACGCAAACCCCAUCGUCAGUUCUCGCAGUAAACUGCCAAGAAUUGAAAGGAGGACGGAGCCUGACCUUCAGGGAAUCAGACAAUACGUGAACGAUAUGCUAGGGUGGGAGGGUAGAGGCGGUGCCGAACGGCUGAUCAAGAUCAUCGCGCCUGGACUUUUGAUGUGGAAGCUUCAAAACUGCCCUCUGCAACCAUCAACGAAGAGCAAUAGUCUUGCACCCGGCGCGAAGGAGAAGCCUGCAUCAAAAGGUAAGACGCCAACAGGUCAAGCGCAAAUGACGAAUUUUUUUGCCGCAAGCAAAGCAAAGGAGGUAUCAGCCUUGGUCAAGACAGUCAAUCCCGAGCCUACUGACGAGGGCCUCGUACUGUCCAUUCACGGGACGAGAAAUCAUGUCUCAACCGGCGAGAUUCCCGAGCUUCGCGUAGCGUACAUCCCAGCAGUCAUCUGUUCCGCCAUCGACCUCUCUAUAGAAGCAAAUCUUUGCGAAGCACCUGCGCCGUCGAAUGACUUUGAUCUUAUAUCUGAUCUACCGACUACCCCGCCAACGGAUGACACAUGUACAAGCAAUGUACCGACAGCUAAACGAUAUGAUCCUACUGUCGCUGAAAGAAUCUGGCUGCCAGAGAUUGUGGUGAGGAGAGGAUGCGAGGGUGUUGUGCAAGCGUGGGAGAAACACGUGAACACGAAAAAAGCAGUAUCAUCACCGCGAAAGCCGCGCACCAAGAAAGGUCUGGCAGAGGUAGGGCAGGCAUCGACGUUGGAUAACUACUUCACGAAGUCUGCGGCCAGGGCCCAGGCAAAGCCCAGCGCCUCACCACUGGCUGAACCCAAGGUGAACGCAAAGAAGGAACGAUUGGCCCAGUGGAAGAAGGUACUGGAUGAGGGUCGAACAAAGGAGAAUGGCGACCCAUGGCAUAACGACAAUGUUAACACCGGUAGUGAAGCGUUUCCGGUGGCUCUCUCAGAUGAUGACAGCGUUACAGGGAGUUCAGCAUCGAUACCGUCCUCCGAAACCCUCAUGGCCUCAUCUGAGAGCCUUGAAGGAGCAUCCGUGCAAUCUCGACCGACUCGUGGCACAAGAGCAACAUCUGCGCAGUUUACGAUAUCAGGUUUCCGCCCUGCUGAGAAAACAUCAAAAGUACAACCAGAGGAGGCAUCGGAGCUACUAUCACGACUCAAACUCCCGCCUCGCGCACCUAUUAAACGCACACGUCGACUGCUUUCCAGCUCGUCCAGUUCUGCGUCUAUCAAGGACGAUACCAAGACCGGUAGCGUGCUUGAUCCUCGUCCUACGAAAAUUGCCACGACACCUUCUCCCAAAGAGACAGCAAAAUUCGAUACUCCUUCAACGACCUCAUCAGUCACUAAAGGUCUGGAAACAUCAGAAAUCGGGCGGAGAAGCCCUACACCGCGGAGAGAGGCCAAAUUUACCUUUACAGAAGCAGCCGUCAAAACUGUAGAUGAAAACAAAGCGAAGUCGACAAAGACCCAUGCCAAGGUUCAAAGGCGGCUUUUCGAAAAGUCCACGCAACCUAAUCUCCCUUCUCGUACAGACAAGGACACGCAAACGAACGUGACUGUCAUUCUCAUAGACGAAGACUCAGAUACAGAGGUCGCAGUCGUGACACGGCCGAAGGAGAGGAGAAAAGUGAUACCACGGACAAGUCUUAACGGUGCAUGGCGUGAUGGCGGGAGUGACGAGCAGGGCUACGAGUGUGAGGUGAUUGACCUUACUAGUGACUAGGUUCUGUCUUUUCUUGGUUUCACAAAGCAUGGUUCAGGGUGGGUGAUAACAAGGAUACCGGCGUUACGUAAUUCCAGCUGUCUAGUACAGCGACUAGUUAUCCUUCCUAAGAAAGUUUAGAAAAUAUCUUAGUCCUAAGCUUUGCGGAUUCUGCCCGUCACAACUGCGAUCAACACAUCACUUAAAGCCGCCAUCUCCGCCUGCAUCGCCUUCAAACGUUGGAG